ACCGGCCCUUGGACUUUCCCUAGCCUAGAUUAAGGCCCAAAAAGAUGCAACGGUGAAGCCCAAUUAGUGGCGGUGUAUCGGGAGUUCCCAUAAGUAUCCCCUUCUGCGCUCUAGGGUUUCAGAGCUCCGAUUUCCUGAUUCCUUCAAGAGGUCGUGGCAGAUGGGUGGAAAGUGCCCGCAUAGGAGCGUGAAAAAGCGCCGAUACGCUCACAAAACUUUUAGGCGCACCAAAUUUCUCGUCAAGGGUGACGAUGCCGUUUACGAUGAGCUUCACAAACCGGGGAUAGAUGCGAAAGCUCUGCCCGUAGAUGAAGAUCUUCCCGGAAUGGGCCAGUAUUACUGUUUGCAUUGCGAUCGCUAUUUUGCUAACGCGGCGGUGCGGGACGAGCAUUUUAAGACCAAACGGCAUAAGAAGCGUAUGAAGUUAAUGACGGGGCCUGCUCCUCACACCCAGUUGGACGCCGAACUUGCUGCUGGGAUGGGGAUGCCGGACAAUGGGCCAAAGCUAAUGUCUAUGUAAAAUUUUGCCUUGUGUACGUUGUUGCAUGGAGCUACAGGAAAAUCACUUCUAUAUAUUACCCAUCAAGAAAAAUCGUUAAGACUCCCUAUUUAUUAUUACCCUGUUAAAUUUCAUACAUCUCGAGUCGGUAGUUGACAUGACAAAUUCUUUAUUGUUGAUGUGUAGAUUUUAAGUUGAGUUUGCUCCACAGAUGCCACUUUGAUUUCGAUAAUAGACACUGUUAGAUCAUUGGGUGUGUUCACUUGGGGAUUGUUAUUACACAGUAUACAGUCCGCUGUUAAUAAAAAUAAAUUCUAAUAAUAGUUACUU